AUGCAAGCGCGCAAGGAUGAGAUUCUCGCCAAAAAGGCAAAGCUCGCGGAACUCAAGCGCCAACGAGAAUUACGCCAGAAAGAGUUCAACCAGAAUCGAGCCAGCAUUGGCGAUGCCUCAGAGAUAGUAUCGCCCGUUUCUAGUCGAACAGAUAGCAGAGCAGAGCUCGACAGCCUCAUAUCCCGACUCGUCGAUCGACCCUCAUCAUCCUCAUACAAAGACGGAGAAGGCCCCUCACGAAGAGGCAGCCGCCCUAAUUCAGUAUUGAGUGCAAGCCAACUCAGCGGCGAAAAUGCAGAGACCUUCUCACCACCACCUGUUCGAAUGGUAUCACAAUCAGUUGCCACGCAAACCGAAGCAACAGGUCCGAUCGUGUCAGAACCAGCGCCCGCCCCUGAACCAAGAAAGGAAACGGUCACAUAUAGUAAAGCCGUGCAAACGGACGAUCUGCCGGAUUUACCGAACACAAUAUUAGAUGGUCCGUCGGUAGAAAGUGAAGAGGUCCCUUCUACGCCAUCUAAGAGACUGAGUCGGAGAGGGCGGGAACGAGACGAGGAUAUUCGUGAGAGGAUCCGCAAGGAGAUUGAGGAAGAGUUACACGCAUCUCAACAGGUUAAUGGCAACGGAAUACCGGCAUCAUCGAGCCAGCUUAGAUACCCUCUUCGCACAUUGAAUGACGAUGAACUCAAUGCGGUUACCUCGUCGAAUGAUUUCUUAGACUUUGUUGAGAAAUCGAGUAAGGUGAUUGAGCGUGCGCUGGAUGAGGAGUACGAUAUUCUAGCAGACUACGAACUCGGUGGAGUGAAUGCGGACGAUGAAGCGGACGAUGAAUAUGGCAAUAAACGGAGAGGAAUAAAGGAAAUCACACAAUUUUACGAUGAGCGAUGGAGUAAGAAGCGAACAAUCAGCGAUUUGAGCUUUUCGCCAAAGUUCCCAGAGUUGAUUCUCGCCGCAUAUACUAAAAACCCAACUGCACCACAUGAGCCCGACGGAUUACUCCAAGUCUGGAAUCAACAUCUUCAUUCCCGCCCUGAAUACGUCUUUCACUCUACUUCAGAUAUCCUCACUGCCAAGUUCUCACCAUUCCACCCUAACCUGAUUGUUGGUGGCACAUAUUCCGGCCAAGUCCUGUUAUGGGAUACACGAUCCAGCCGUGCCGGAGGCGGCGCACCGGUCCAAAAGACUCCCCUGACAGGCGCAGGCCACACCCAUCCCGUCUAUAGCAUCGCCAUAAUCGGCACCCAAAACGCACACAACAUCCUCACUGCGUCCACCGACGGCGUCGUCUGCGGCUGGACAGUAGACAUGCUCUCCCAACCACAAGAAUAUCUCGAACUCACCACCCCUCCACCCUCGCGAACCGAAGAUCUAGCCCCAACAACAAUGUCCUUCCCUCAAUCUGACCCGACUUUCUUUCUCGUCGGCACCGAAGAAGGCGGCAUCUACCCAUGCCAUCGGUACGACCGCGCAGGCGCAAAAGCAGGUACAGACCAACGCCUCGCCUAUCGCGGGCACGCCGCACCCGUAAUGUCAACCGCAUUCCACCCAGCUCGUGGUCCCGUCGAUUUUGGCGAUCUCAUGCUAAGCUCCAGUCUGGAUUGGAGCGUGAAACUAUGGCGCGUAAGACCACCCGCUACAACAGCUGCAUCUGCGACGGCCGGUGGGCUAGCAUCCACACCUCAGGUCAUUUCCCCGCUACUAGACAUUAACCGUGAAGACGUCGUCUACGACGCUAAAUGGUCUCCCCAUCGCCCCGGAGUGUUUGGUCUUGUCGAUGGAGCGGGUAACGUCGAGGUAUGGGAUUUGUAUCAUGAUACGGAAGUACCCGCCGUCAGGACACAGCCGACUCCCGGCCGCGGCGGCGUAUUGACUCGAAGCCUGAAUAAGAUUGCAUGGGAAGAACGCGAAGGAAGAAGGGUGGCUACAGGUGGUCUUGAUGGCGUUGUCACUGUCUUCGAGGUCGGGAAGGCGUUGAGUGGUCCUGUCGAGGAAGUGCCGGCUGAGGAAUGGGCGGGUAUGAAGAGGUUGGUGAGUAAGUUGGAGCAGACUGAUAGGGGUAUAUAA